UUUGUUGUUUGAUUUUUCUGUUUGUUGUUGUUAUUAUUUGCUGUUGUUUUUAUUAUCCUCUUUUUACUGUACAUCAUCUCGUGACCAGGUUUAUUAACGUGUUUUAUUUUCUAAAUAAUUUAUUUACCUUGAUUCGUUUCUUGUUAUUGUUUUGACUUUGUUAUUGUUCUGUCCCGUGUGUUGGUUGCCAGCGCUUUUUUGUGUUGCUCGAUUAAUUAUUUAUGUUAUGUUUUCUUUGUCUUGUUUAUUCACAUGGUUUUGUUUACGCAAUUUGGAAUGCAAACACUAUGUUUUUGUUUACCUCGCUGUUUUGUAUGAGAAAAUUUUUGUUGGAUAAAUGUUGUUCUUCUCGUUGUUGGAGUUCUGUUUUAGGCGAUUGUGUUUUUAUCAAAAGAAUUUUUCAGUUUUUAUUGGAAGUGGAAAAUGUGAUAGAGUAAAAAGAAGCAGAAGUUCUGAAGGGAAAUAAGAUACAUCUGAACAUUUAGUAUUUUGUUGCAAUGCAACCGACCAGCAUGCACAAUAUUUUGGCACCUCUUAACCAAGAAAAUUCACCUGCUUACACCAACGAAAAACUGACAAAAACAUCCAACUUCACUUACGAUAAUAAUGAUGGUAACAGAACAUAUUUUACUGUGGAACCAACUUUUAUUCGACAAAAAGACACAUCCAUAACAAAGUUUGAAAACUUGUCUCAGCAACGAGCCCCUUCCAGUAGGUUGACGGAACGAGAUAUGUCUGAUUUAAAUCGUUCUCAAUACUGUGACAGUGGUAAAUCUAUGAGGGAAAACCUAGAGCCUUUACUACAUACAGGGAAACCCCCUGAAAGCAAAACUGUCUCUCAUGAAACUCAGAAAUAUAAGAUGGUUAAUUCACAAAGUAUUGAUUCCGGAGAUUCUAACCGUGCCACUUAUGAAUACCCUGGAAAACCUGAAGAGCCUAGAAGAACAACAGAGCAUACAUUGCCAAGAGACAAAAAUCCAGAGACAAGGUAUUCAAGAAGUGAGCAAGAAAAUUUUGAUAGUAAUAAAAGUCAUCAUAAUGAUGCUGUUACAUUCACCUCUGCUCCAAGUAGGUCGUAUGAAUUGGGAAGACACGAAUCUAAAUCUCCGCAUAAAGAGAUGGUAGUAAAUGGUGAAAGUUCAAGAAAUAAUUCACCAGUGCAUGGUAGUCGACAAAUAAGUGAACCUAAAAUGGAUGAACAUACAGUUAUAAACAAAUUAUUUCGUGAUGGUCGUUGCAUUUGGCCAGGUUGCGAUAGAUCAUUUCCUGAUAGAAGAGAAUUUGUCAGGCAUCUUGACUGUUAUCAUACUCUGGAUGAAAAGAGUGCUGCACAAGCUCGUGUUCAGGGAUAUGUUGUACGAGAACUGGAAGAAAAGUUAUCUUACGAAAGAUCGAAACUUUCAGCCAUGUUAGGCCAUCUACAAUUUUCAAAUGAAAAAGUGGGCUUAUCAAAUGAUAAGGGAUCAUACAUGUUACAGACGACAGCUCACUCCAUAUCUCCUCCGCCCCGUAUGGAUCGCCAUGUACCUGUAAUACCUUCUUCAAACGGACAGAUGGUUCUAGUUCCUUACCCGCCUCCACCUCAUCAUAUGCACCCAGUACCUCACAUGCCACAUAUGGAGAGUGAACGAAGUGCCGUCCAUUCUCCACACCCUGUUUCUAGAGAAUCAAGGGAACGUCAAAACUCUCCAUCGCCGUCUACAUCACCGAGAAGACACUCCACCUCACAUGGUCAGGUUAUCACACCCACAAGUCAUCAAAGUUACAUUUCUCAUACAAAAACAAUGCAUGGACAAGGUCAUUAUCAUAUUCCACCAGGCCACUACUUUCCAGUUCAUCAUGGGUUUCCUGUCAGACCUGGAUUGAUGAUGAAACGUGAAUCGCCUGAACACGAUACACGCAGCCCAAUUGAAGAUCGCUAUUCCGUACCUGGAUUGAUUCCAGUCUCGCAUAGUGAAGAACUGCAUCGGAACUCAAUGAUGGUAGAAACACUUCCCACGGGCCCUUCUCAUAUUUCAAGUGGUCACAAAAUGCCAAGUAACGAUUCUGUAGGCUACCAUCCCGUUCGACGCAGAGGUGAAGCCGCAGCAAUGGUGGAUAUUGGCCACGGUAUGUCAUUUGAAUUACGCACCAAGGGAAAUUUGUACCAAGAUCCAGAUGUUAGACCUCCUUACACAUACGCCUCGCUUAUCAGGCAAGGUGUUCUCGAUUCGCCAAACGGUGAAUUAACGUUGAAUGAAAUUUACCAAUGGUUUAUGAAAAAUUUUGCAUACUUUCGAAAGAAUACAAGUACAUGGAAGAACGCAGUUCGACAUAAUCUCAGUUUACACAAAUGUUUCGUACGAAAAGAAAAUCAUAAAGGUGCUGUGUGGACGGUGGACGAUGUUGAAUUCUUCAGGCGAAGGAUGACAAAACCAGGACUACCGAAACGCGAAUAUUACGCUCCAUCAGAAAACAACAAUCAAGGCUCAAACUCUCCUCCUGAACCAGAAGAUGAUUACGUAACAGACGAACCUCUUCCUUCUAUGGCUAUGGACAAUUCAAUAAGAAAGGAUUCAAAUGACGAAGAGGAGGAGAGUGAAGGACCCCGUGAUGAAGUAUUUACUGGUCCUCCAGAGAAGAUGAGAAAAUGUGACGAAUACUCAAUGGAGAAUCAACCUGGUAUUACGGUGAUCAAGGAAGAAUUCGAGGACGAAUUAAGAAACAUGACGUCACAAGAGUACGAGAGAUCGCUAAAUGAGACCGUUACGGUGGUAACGGCAUCUUGAAAAAACCUCCGAUGUUUGUCUCGAUUAGAAUGGUUGCUGUCACUUUCUCUCCGUGCGAGAGGAAUUAUAUGACGAGAUCUUUAGGAGUGGAUUUGAAAGUAAAAUUUAUUUAUACUGUUUUGUGUUAUUCAUAUUUAAAUUUAUGCGGUAAUAUAUUUUUGUUAAUUUUAACCCCCCGCUGCCAUAAGCUUUUAGGCAACCAAGCAGGGGGUAUAGUAUUAUACUUGAAGUACUCUUCUUAGUUUUAUAUCUUGUAUUUAUGCUACUCUAAUAAUUAAAUCUACUAAUGACCGUUUUGGCGUCCCAUUACUUUAGAUUGUAAGCUUGGCGUCCCAUUACUUUAGGUCGUAACAUUUAAAUUAAAUCUAAUUCUGUAAACAACUCGAUUGCCCACAGUUCGGAGAAACAUAAUCAUCGUGCGAAAUUAUGUUAACUGAGCACGAAAUAUUCUCUUUGCUGACUUAACUUGACAUUGGGAGAAUAUCAUCCUUUGGGACAUUUUGUCAAGGCGUGUAUCUCUUGCUUCACUUUCGUGCUUCCCUUUCGUGUAAUCCAUCUCAAAUCGCUAUCAUAUUUGACCAAGCGUUUCUUUGUGUGUUUUAGUUUAUUUUUUUCAAUUUUUUGUAGAUAUUGCAAAAAGUCAGAUUAUUUUAUUCGGGUUUUUAAAAAACCGACCAGCACUUUUGUAUAUACCAGUGUUGUUGUUAUUGUUGACAAAGUCUACUGUUUGUAACGCUGUAAAAAUAUAAAUGUUGAACAUAA